AUGACGAAAGCCACCGAGACAUUUGUUGCAGUUUUCGCAGUCAGCGCAGUGUACUUUGCACUCUACUCUGGCGUUAUUCCAACGACCACAUUGAUCCACGAUGAGAUUUUGCCAUACUUGCCAUUCUGGGGGUUGGUGACCUUUGGUGCAUACGCAUUGGGCACCUUGGGUUGGGGUGUGCUUACUUUCAAAAACAAGGAGGCCAGCUACAAGGAGUUGUUGCAGCAAAUUGAUGAGGCUAAGACCUUCUACAAGAGCAAGGGUCUCAAUUUGGAUGAAUAG